AUGGACAGUGGGGAUGGAAUUGCUAUUAGGUGGUUAGGAAACCCUAUUUUUAGAGAUAACGAAGGUCAUAUGCCAACCUUUUUUCAAACAUUUCCGGUUGUUUUAGUAGAUGGAGACAGAAUUGCUAGAGCCGAUGUUCUUUUUGGAAAGGUAGAAUCGAAAUACAAUGUCGAACAAGUAGGUGUAACUGUUGAGUUCUAUGGUGGAAAACUCAAUGGAAUCAUUUAUAAUGAUCCCGCUACUGUGGAAAGAUAUACUAGAUGUGCUCAAUUGGGUGAAAUUUUUGAAUUAGAUCAUGCUACUUUGAAAUCCAAUGAUGUUUUUCGUAGCAGUCCAAGGGGUUGGUUUACUUUUGGACAUGCUUCGUUUGCUUUGUUCUUUUUCUUCAGACACAUUUGGCAUGGUGCUAGAACCUUGUUCAGAGAUGUUUUUGUUGGUAUUGACCCCGAUUUGGAUGCUCAAGUAGAAUUUGGAGCAUUCUAA